AUUGGCCUUACAGAACUCCGUGAAUGUGAUUUUAAAAACAUCCGCACCGACGACACUGAGGUGAACAGCGAGAAUGGAUAUCAAAACCGAGCAAGAGUUUGACGUUUCUGAAGAAAGUAUGUCUGAACUGUUGAAAUUGUCAGUUGAAUCGACGCGACGUGAUUUAAAAACAACGAACAUCCUACUGCUUAGCAGGAAGAGAUCUCAACCAACGGAAGACGCGGACGGCGAACUUAGUAUCAAGAAAAGAUCAAAAAAGAAAACUUGCGUGAGCGCCGCUAGUUUAGCGUUUCAGAUGGAACCUUCAGCGGUCGCGCGAAGAAACGAACGCGAAAGAAACAGGGUUAGAAUGGUGAACGAUGGCUUUUCUUGCCUUCGACAGCAUAUUCCUUAUUUCCCCGACAAAAAGAAACUGUCCAAGGUAGAAACCCUGCGAUGCGCAGUUGCUUAUAUCAAACAUCUACAAGAUCUAAUAACCGAGCACGACUCCUCGUCUGCCGAAUCCUUAACGAACUCGGAAAACGAGUGUAAAAAUAUAACGACUUGGGUGACAGGGCAAACACGAUGAAAAGAUUUCGAGGUAAGUUGCAUUUUCUGACAGCUUUUACGUAGUUAUUACUACCAGAACUGCACGUGUUUUUAAAACGGGUGGCAAACGUUACCUGCUUCUGAAAAAACGGGUUUAAUAUAUGGUGCUGCUGGCCGAUCUUCCUUAUCGCCAGGCAAAGCUCAAUUUAUGGACAGGGAUGUGCGUUAUAGCGCUUGAGAAUUUUACUAUUGCAUGAAAUAAUUGUACAAGAUUGUCUUAGUGUACCAGCCAUUUAACACACGGGUGUAAGUUUUUAGGCUCUACAUCAUGCAAAACUUGGGCGUAAGAGAGAAUGAAAAUUUUAUAUCAUUGAUCUAAAAACAAAUUGAGCAUCAUAUCUACUGAAUAUGUUACUUCGUCACUCAGUUUGAAUUUGAAAUUAAAUAAUUUCUCUAUAACUAAGAAAUUCUUUCGUACAGAGGUUUAAAUAAACAACUAGUGAGAAAGAAUCUAAAAAAACAAAAUAAUAUUCGACAAUUUCCUGAAAUAUAUAUGCAAUUUUCUGAUUUUUUUCUUGCUUUAAUCUUUCAUACAAAGCUCUGUUUUAUCUUGUUUUGCUUUACCAAUCCCACCAUACGAUAUUGUUUCCAUUUUCCCACAGGAACUGGGAAAACAUCGCAAAGUGUUCUCAAGUUCAUCAGUGUCAUGCAACGCCUGCCUUGUUUAAGGCCACGAAACGUCUAAACAGCUAUUAAUACAACGUUGACAUUAGUAAAUAUUUUGUAAAAAUCUAUGUAACCUAUUUUUUUCUGUCAUUCUCGAUUUAACUGCCAUCACCAGACAAGCAGGGUGAGUUCUGACACUUUCGCUUCUUCUCCUUUAUUUACUACCGCGGCUUAACAGCGGUUAUUGUUUUGCUGUGAAUAGCCUAAAUAAAUUUUCUUUUGAAGUGAGAACAAAGGCGACUUGGAAACAAAAGCUAUGGAAUUCUACUCAGAUGUUUUAACGCGGUUAUUGUCGGCGAGAGAAAAAAAAGACCGAAUAAAAGAUUUUAAAAAGAGAGUGUUCUUUGGCUAAAACUUUUCGACUAAAAGAAGUUUUCGGCCAACAGUAUGGAUAUUUAGCGUCUUUUUUUAGUGAAUAUUUAUAUCUGGCGGACGCUAUUAGAAAUUAUCAUUUUCUCUCUUACCCUGGGCAAGAGACAAAUUUUUAGAUUUAAAAAGAAGACUACUGAAAAAUUGUCUUUUUUCUAAGUUAUAUUCCGAUAUUUAUUAAAGGUGGAAUACGGUAUCCUUCGCAGAGAUAAAAUAUAGCAAUACGACCCUUUGAAGUUGAUUGUACUGAAUAAAGAGAAAAGAAUGCCAGAUUUAUGACUUUUAAAUAUGACAGACAUUAGUAAAGCGUUAUUAUCUCGUUUGGAAAUAAGAUGAAUGGAGACAGGCCUCACAACAUGGAAAUUUCUCACCAGAAGAGAUUGCCGGUAGCACGCGGGAUUGCGUGUUCCAAUAGUUCUUCUAAAUUUAACUUUUUGAUUAGCUUGGGAAUUUUCUCGCAGACUCUUUUCUUUUCUGGUCUGUCAAAAGAAUUGCAUUUCUUUGAAGUUGCAUGCCUGAUUAAAAAUGUGCUUCAAAUUCGUUUCGACGUUCGUGAACACAUUCUGUUGUUUCUUUAUUGAAAGAUCUUUUGAAUAAAUAAUGUUUAGAUCUACCACAAGCUUACGUUCGCAAGGGAAAGGAGCAUGCAGCGACAAGUACAAUUUUGCAAUCUUUAAGAUCCAUUCAAAUGUUAUCUGAUAGAGAAAGUUACAAACCAUUUGCAUAAGAGAAAACAUGCGAC